CAUAAUAAACAAAAUGAGUAUUAUUUCCCAUGCACCCUCCCCAAAAAUUUCCGCUUACCAUGCUUUGAUUGGCAUGUCGAAGUUUUUGUUCUUGGUUGGUGGCGUGCGUGAUCUCAAGUUCGGUCACAGAUAUCACACUCCUUCAAUAACCUCUCUAUCUACAAUCCCACACAAUGGGUGACAGCGCAACUCUACACAAGAAGGAAGACUUUCAGGAAUACGAUGGCGCUCUUUGCUAUAGAACGGACUAUUCAGACGAUUCGAAAUGGAGACGGUUGUUGGCGUUAACAAAGAAUCCUAAUAUACGGGUCAAUGGAUGUGGGCAUGAAGGCCGCUCGCUUAAACCUUGCAAAGGGACCGACGACAUGCUUGUGAUUGAAGGACACGAAUACAAAAACAUGACGGCUCAAGACCUGCAACAUAUAGCAACUGAAGUAUACUUGAUGGCCGACAAGCAAUCUAUGGAAGAUGGCACUUUCGUACUUGCUUAUAACGACGCCAUUUUUGAGGAAGACGAAAAGACCGGCGAGCUAAGGAUGAUUGGAAGUUUCCUAAAAACAACAAGAUAUCAUGCUGCAGAUAUUUGGGUACCUCUAACUAGUCUGCUGUUGGUAACGCGGCGGGGAUGACUUGACCGAGUUUGAU